GUUCCUGGGUGGAGCUUCCCAUGAACAGCAGCAAUGGCAAUGAUAAUGGCAGCGGGAAGAAUGGGGGCCUGGAGCACGUCCCCUCCUCAUCCUCCAUCCACAACGGAGACAUGGAGAAGAUACUUCUGGAUGCACAGCACGAAUCGGGACAGAGCAGUUCGAGAGGCAGUUCUCACUGUGACAGCCCUUCUCCACAAGAAGAUGGGCAGAUCAUGUUCGACGUGGAGAUGCACACCAGCAGGGACCACAGCUCCCAGUCAGAAGAAGAAGCUGUAGAAGGAGAGAAGGAAGUAGAAGCUUUGAAGAAAAGUGCAGACUGGGUGUCGGACUGGGCCAGCAGACCUGAAAACAUUCCGCCCAAGGAGUUCCACUUCAGACACCCGAAGCGCUCUGCGUCUCUGAGCAUGAGGAAAAGUGGAGCCAUGAAGAAAGGAGGCAUUUUCUCGGCAGAGUUCCUGAAAGUGUUCAUCCCGUCGCUCUUCCUGUCCCACGUUUUGGCUCUGGGGCUAGGCAUCUACAUUGGAAAGCGUCUGAGCACACCCUCUGCCAGCACCUACUGAGAAGGGGAGCUGCUGGGAGCACGCGUGGCCUGUGAAGUGCUGUAUUGUCGCGUAGUUUAUCUGAACUUGAGACCAUCGUAAGCAUGACCCAACCUGCCACCCUAUUUUUACAUCUCCAGUUCCAGUAACUCUCAGAUCAGUAUUUUAUUCCAACUCUGUUGAGGCAUUUUACUAACCUUACUCCCUUUCUGGCCUGUAAGACACUUUAGAGUUUCCUGACAGAGUUUCCUGCUGUUUAGAAAUUUGCAAGGGCUUCUUUUCCUCAGGCGCCACCAGCAGAUUAGUUUUGUCAGCGAGGCUGUCACCUCCUGUAGCACGGGUGAGCAGCAGAGCUGUGUCAUCCAUGUAGGAAUUCGGCUCUGGCAGUGCAGCUCCGGCUCUCAGAACAAGAGCAGGUUAGCGUAAGCUCUGUUUUCCAACACAAAGACAAGCUGCUCUGAGCUUGAAUUUAUAGUUAUUGAAAAUAACAUUUAAAAAAAAACAAAAGACAAAAAAUAUCCUGGGCAAUAAAAAGUUAUUUUAAACCAGCUUUGGAGCCACUUUUUUUCCAAGCCUCCUAAUAGCGCCUUUUAAUUUGUAGGAGGCAGGCUGUAUAAACUGUAGGUAGGAAAUAGAAUAAGAACUAAACUACAUCAGCAGAUUUUAAUACUAGUAUAUUGUAAUGCUGUCUUUUCUAUGGUAUAGAAUCUUUAUUUCUGAUAAGGAACGUCUCAGGCCUAGACAUAUGAAAUUGCUUUUCAGAUUUUUGUGCGUGUUGGUAUUUUCAUGUGUUAGCUGCAUGUGAAUUUUUCAUAACUCUUCCAUUUUUUUAAUUUCUUCCUUCCUUUUUUUUUUUUUUUU